UGCGUAUGACAACUGAGGAUCGCGGAUGCAUAAAAAAGUAAACAAAUUCGAAAUUAUUAAAAAAGUAACGAAAUAAAACGUGACCGCAAAUUCAAAAUUAAUGUUUGCAAAUAAAAGUGUGGCUGAUUGCAGUGCAAGAUAAUUUCUUUAAAAAUUGUGGUCUAUUAAUUGUAAGCACGUCUUUAAUCGACUAAUCGAUUAACAAGUGAAAUUAUUAGAAGUUUUGAGUGAUUGAAAGAAGUAUUUUUAAAUAUUACAACAAUAAAUAUUAAAAAAAAGAAAAAGUUGAAAAGCCAAACCUUUAAAUAUUUAAAGAAAAAAAUAAAUAAAUAAAUGCGUAUCGUGUUCUACUUUUCAUGCUAUUCGUAAGAGUUGUGUUUUUCGUAAAAACACAAAAAACACAAUAGAUAUAUUUAAAUAAUUUAAACUCUACCAACAAAAACCAAAAGUUUAAGGUAAACAAUAGCCGGGGAUAAAAACGAAAAGACAACAACAACAACAACGAAAUUAAACCCGGUUGGCAUACAUUUGAAUAGGAAUCUUGAAAAUAACAACAACUACAACCAAAGACGAAACCCCAAUCAAGAAGCAUUUCUUUGAAAAGCCAACCAGCCGACCAGAAAGCAUCUUCAUUACGAGGUCAUAAACUGGUUGCCUGCCUGCCUGUCUGCAUUUGGAUAACACAAUUUUUGUAUCGUAAAAGCGAAUCGAAACCAGCCAUGGAGCGUGGACUUCACGAUCGUGAUCGUGUGGGCGUACAAGAUUUCGUGCUACUUGAGAACUAUCAAUCGGAAGAUGCAUUUAUUGACAAUUUGCGCAAACGCUUUCAGGAGAACAUUAUUUAUACAUACAUUGGCCAGGUUCUGAUAUCGAUAAAUCCCUAUAAACAAUUGCCCAUUUAUACGGAUAAUGACAUCAAGGAAUAUCGCAACAAACAUUUUUACGAGAUACCACCACACAUUUUUGCAGUCACUGAUAACGCUUUCCGCUCUCUAAUUGAAGAAAAUAAAGGGCAGUGUGUUCUAAUCUCUGGCGAAAGUGGUUCGGGCAAGACUGAAGCUUCGAAAAAGGUUCUCCAAUAUAUUGCAGCCUGUUCCGGCAACCAAGAGACUAUUGAGAAUGUCAAAGAUAAGCUUUUGAAAAGUAAUCCCCUGUUGGAGGCAUUCGGUAAUGCCAAAACCAAUCGUAAUGAUAAUUCCUCCCGUUUCGGCAAAUAUAUGGAUAUUCAAUUCGAUUUUACUGGCACUCCAAUCGGUGGCAAUAUUCUGAAGUAUCUAUUGGAAAAAUCUCGUGUGAUCAAUCAGAACAGCGGCGAGCGUAACUUCCACAUUUUCUAUCAACUGUUGGCCGGAGCUUCAGAUGAGCAGCUCAAAUCCAUGAAUUUAACACGAUCUUUGCAAGAUUACGCUUAUCUCAGUGAUGGUGAAAAAGGCAUUGUCUCAUCCAUCAACGAUGCAGAAAACUUCCGUCAGGUCAUGCAGGCCAUGAAGGUUAUUGAUUUCACGGUGGCGGAACAAACCCAAAUCCUUAAUGUGAUUGCCAGUGUUCUGCAUUUGGGUAAUGUGCAAUUCACCGAAGAGGAGGGCAAGGCCCAAAUCACCAACACCGAAUGCGUCCAGUCGAUUGCCAACCUUUUGGGAGUUCAUUUGGAGGAAUUGAAGAACGCCUUGACACACCGCACCAUUGAUGCGCGAGGUGAUGUGGUAACAUCGCCUUUGAAUCUUGAAAUGGCCAUUUACGCUCGUGAUGCCCUGGCCAAAGCUGUCUACGAUCGUCUAUUCUCUUGGCUGGUCCAGCGCCUAAAUGUUUCUUUGCAAGCCAAAGACACGAGCACAGCUCGCAACAAUGUCAUGGGCAUUCUGGAUAUUUAUGGUUUUGAAAUCUUCAAAACCAAUAGCUUCGAACAAUUCUGCAUUAAUUUCUGCAAUGAAAAAUUACAGCAAUUGUUUAUUGAACUGACUCUGAAGUCUGAACAGGACGAAUACCGACGCGAGGGCAUUGAAUGGGUGCCCGUCGAAUAUUUUGACAACAAAGUUAUUUGCAACCUAAUCGAGGAGAAACACAAGGGUAUUAUCUCCAUACUGGAUGAGGAGUGUUUGCGUCCCGGCGAACCCACUGACUUGACUUUCUUGGCCAAGCUAAGCGAUCGUUUGGGCGACCAUGCCCACUAUCUGUGCCAUGAAAAAGCACCCAUUCAGGUGCAGAAGACCAUGAGACGUGAUGAAUUCCGUUUGGUCCAUUAUGCCGGCGAUGUGACCUAUAAUGUUGUUGGAUUCUUAGAUAAAAACAACGAUUUGUUGUUCCGUGACUUGAAGGAAACGAUGAGCAAGGCUGACAACAAUGUGGUGCGUGUUUGCUUCCCCGAAUCGGAAUAUUUGGAGAAAAAGAGACCCGAUACUGCCGUUACGCAAUUCAGAAAUUCUCUGAACAAUCUAAUGGAUAUUCUAAUGUGCAAAGAACCCUCCUAUAUACGCUGUAUUAAGCCCAAUGACCUCCAAACAGCCGGUGUGUUUGAUGAUCAGUUGGUAUUGCAUCAAGUUAAGUACUUGGGUCUUAUGGAGAAUUUGAGAGUACGCAGAGCUGGUUUUGCCUAUCGUCGUCUUUAUGAGCUCUUCCUUAACCGCUACAAAUGUCUAAGCAAACAAACCUGGCCCAACUACAAUGGCCCCGCCAAGGAGGGUGUCAAAAUCUUGGUCAAAGAAUUGAACUAUGGCCCCGAAGAUUACCGUCUGGGUGAAACAAAACUCUUUAUUCGCUUCCCCAAAACCCUUUUCGAAACUGAAGAUGCCUUCCAAGAAAAGAAACAUGACAUUGCGGCGAUUUUACAAGCCCGCUGGAAGGGACGCGUACAACGCCGCAAAUAUUUGAAAUUACGUGAACAGGUGAUCAUCUUACAGUCGUACUGUCGUCGCCACCUGGCCCAACAGGCCGCCAAAAAACGCCGCGAGGCUGCCGAUAAGAUUCGUGCCUUUAUCAAGGGUUUCAUUACACGCAACGACCCACCCAAUGGUUACAAUGAGAAAUUCAUUGCCAAUGCCAAACGUAUGUGGCUAUUGAGAUUAGCCAAAGACUUGCCCAGCAAAGUUUUGGACAUGAGAUGGCCAUCGGCACCAACACACUGUCAAGAGGCCUCCACUUAUUUACAUCGUCUGCAUCGUUUACAUUUGGCUCGUAAAUACCGUUUGGCUCUAUCGGAGGAACGUAAGCGACAAUUUGAAUUGAAGGUCUUGGCUGAGAAAGUAUUUAAGGACAAAAAGAGCAGCUAUCCGGCCAGUGUGGCACAAUGGUUCCAAACUAAUCGCAUACCCAGUGAACAUGGCGCAAACGUUAAUAGUUUCAUCGCCAACUCAUGCAAUGGCGAAUCCGUAAAGUACUGUUCUGCCUGCACAAAAUACGAUCGUCAUGGCUAUAAACCUCGAGAACGUUUUAUAAUAUUGAGCAAUAAGGCCAUAUACGUUUUGGAUGGCAAAACUUACAAACAGAAACACCGCCUACCUCUAGAAAAACUCGAUUUCGAUUUAACCAAUCACAGCGAUGACUUAAUGGUAAUACGCAUUCCCCUCGAUUUGAAAAAGGACAAAGGUGAUCUAAUUCUCGAGAUACCCUACAUAAUUGAGUUCUGCACCUAUGUUAUAGAUACUGUGGGCACAGCGGAUGUUUUGAAAAUCGUCGAAAGAGAUUCUUUGGUGCACAAUAUGGCUAAGGGAAAAUCAGGUGUAAUCGACAUUCAAACUGGUGGCGGUGAACCUGGCGUUGUACGUGACAAGAGUGGGCAUCUUGUUGUUAUUGCUGGUCAGUAAUGAUGUUCCAAAAACCUUCACUUGUUAACGGGUUUACCUGCUCUUUACCAGUACAUACUACGUACAUAUCCAUAUGUAAUAACCAUGGCUUUAAAAUUUAAUUUUUGUUAUGAUAUGAUAAUGACUUAAAACAAAAGUAAAUCCUUUUUAUGUGAGACGAUGCAACUGA